AUGGACCAAAACAGAAACCAAAAGAAAAAGGGGCAAACAAAGUUGACAUCCUUUCUGAGGAAAAGGAAAGAAGACAGUCUAGAAUCGGCGUCAGAUGAAUAUAUUACGCCAACAUUAGAACUUUCAAAGCCCGAGCAAUAUAACGAGAGAAAAAAACCCAAAACAGAGUCGAUGGAUCCAGUAAAUUUUAUACAGAAAGUUUUAGAUGAUGCUGAAAAAUCAAAGAUACUGUCAAGCAAAUGGAGUCCUUCUCCACACGAAAAAUAUUCAUUUCCUGUAACCAAUGGCAGACGAUACAAUUUAACUUGGGAAGAUAAAUUCAUUUGGUUAAGAUAUUCGCUAUCGAAAGAUGCAGCAUUUUGUGCCCCAUGCAUUGCUUUUGGUCAGCAAAAUCAAUCGGACAAACUUGUAACGUCUGGUCUCAGAGACUGGAAAAAUGCUACGGGUUCUAAAAGAGGUACUCUACAGAUUCAUGAGGAAUCAAGUGCUCACCAAAACGCUCUUGUUAAGGCAGUGAACUUUAUGAAAGUUUAUUCGGGGGAAGAAAAAAGCAUCAAAAGCAGUAUAUCUCAAAGUUAUGAAGAUACUGUUCUUAAAAACAGAGAAAUAUUGUCAAACAUUAUAAACGUAGUCAUUGCUCUCGGUCAACGGAAUAUUCCGUUUAGAGGUCAUCGUUGGGACACUAUCACAAAACGGGAGGAUGGUAAUUUUGAUUUCUUUGUUCACUGGUUGGCUAAAGAAAAACCCUUUCUUAAAGCUCACCUUGAAAAUGCAGCUUACAAUGCAAAAUAUCUUAGUCCCGACAUUCAAAAUGAAAUAAUUGAGUUAGCUGGAGAAGAAGUACUAAACUCAAUAUUGUCCCGUACAAGGACUGCCAAAUGGUUUUCUGUUAUGGCCGAUGAAUGUGCAGAUGUAGCCAAUAUUGAACAAAUGGCUAUAUGCAUCAGGUAUGUGGAUGAAAACAAUGAAGUAAACGAAGACUUCAUUGGAUAUGCUCCUCUAGAUUCAGUCGAUGCAGCAUCCCUAAGUAAUGCAAUUUUGCAAAAGCUUGAAGACUGUAAUUUAGAUACACAAUACCUUAGAGGGCAGGGUUAUGAUGGGGCAAGCGUUAUGUCUGGAUCAAAAUCUGGGGUCUGUUCUCGUAUACGGGAAGUCCAACCGCUUGCUGAGUACCACCACUGUCGAGCACAUGCACUGAAUUUAGUUAUAUCUUCUUCAUGCAAGAACAUACCUAUGGUCAGAAACCUCUUUGAUGAUGUUAAUCAGCUGACAUGGUUUCUUGGGGCCAGUCCAAAGAGAGUUUCGAUUAUGAAACGACAUUUGCCAAAUGCAAAACAAGUUGAUUAUUUAAUUGGAAAUAUCGAAAAUGAGGUAACCGAAAUUGUCAUUGGAAAGUAUGCAGCCAUAUUAUCGACGCUCGAAGAUGUCAGAAAUGAAAGCACUGUAUCCGAUGCUCGUACGAAAGCCACUGCAUUUAUAAAUAUGAUGGAGAAGAGUUCAUUUAUUGUUGCAAUUGUUGUUGCACACCACAUACUGAGUUAUAUGAAGCCUCUGACUUUGGCUCUCCAGAGUUCAAAAUGUGAUGUAUACAAGGCCUUUGUUGACGCACAGAAUUGCAAGCAAGUUAUUAAUGAUCAGCGUUGUGAGGAAGUUUUUCAGAGAUGUAUAUGGUCAAAAGCAUCAGCCAUUGCUGACAGUAUUGGUAUCGAGUUACAGAAACCAAGAACGGCGGGUCAUAUGCAACACAGAGCAAAUGCUGUUCUUGCUGGCACUGCUGAAGAAUACUACAGAAUAAAUACUUACCUGCCAUUUGUUGAUCAUUGUUUGAAGGAACUCAACGACAGAUUUUCUGACGAGACACGUCCUUCAUUCCUAGCCUUCAAGCUUCUUCCAGGCCAGAUAGACACACUUACCCGAGACGAAUUGGCAGAUAUUAUAGAAAGGUUCCAAGAUGAUUUACCGGACAGAGAUGUGUUUAAUCAAGAAUUCGAACGUUGGAAAGUGUUCUGUGGAAACUUGCCGAAUGAUGGUUUUGAAAGAAAUUCCUUAAGCAAUGCAAUCAUGUUAGCUGACUCGGACUUUUACCCAAAUUUGCAUGUCAUUUUCCGUAUUUUGCUCACCAUGCCAGUUGGAUCUGUGCCUUGCGAAAGAUCUUUUUCCGCAAUGAGACGUCUGAAACACUGGGGGAGAUCAACAAUGAAUGAGGAUCGCCUGGUCGGUCUUGCCUUGCUGUUCAUUCACAGACACCAGGCAGUUUCUGUUCGCAAUAUACUUACUAGAUUUGCCGAAUCCAAACAACGCAGAAUUCAAUUGAAGUUUUAA